AGAGAGAGAGAGAGAGAGAGAGAGAGAGAGAGAGGUAGCGGUGGCAAUAUGCCUUAUCAUGACAAUCGGAGUAGCGGGGCGACCCGUGUGUAUGUUGGUCGGCUCUCAAGUCGAACCCGAAGUCGGGACCUCGAAGACCUCUUCCGGAGAUAUGGAAGAGUGCGAGGUGUGGAUCUGAAGCAGGACUUUGCUUUUAUCGAGUUCACGGAUCACCGAGACGCAGACGAUGCGGUGCACUAUUUGAAUGGAAAGGACGUUGAUGGCAGUCGACUUGUGGUGGAAUUUGCUCGGCCAAGAGGGACUGGAGCGUCGAAUUGGACAGGGGGACCGCGGCGCAAACCAUAUGGAGGAGGAGGAGGAGGAGGAGGAGGAGGGGGUGGAGGAGGUGGAGGAGGAGGAGGAGGGGGAGGAGGACCCAUCGACCGAAGGAGUCUCAUGAUGGCUUCCAGCAGUCGAUCCCCUGUAAUUCGUUCAUGCCCACGAAUAGCGAAUGCACGUAUGUUGCAAUUUUGCUCCUUGUAUCUGCUGAAUGUUUGGCUUCAGCUGAUUGGACGUGUAAAAGGUACUGGGCGUUGUUAUAACUGUGGUAAAGAUGGUCAUUGGGCCCGUGACUGUGAAGCUGGGGACUGGAGUAACAAAUGCUACAAGUGCGGGUCCCGAGGCCACAUUGAGCGGAACUGCCGUGCGAGUCCCAGAUCAAUGAGUCGGUAUCAGAAUCGCAGCCCAUCAAGGUCAACGUCGAGAUCUCGGAGCCCAGCACGUGGACGUAGCAGAAGCCCUCGUAAAAGCUACAGUCGCAGUCGCAGUAGAAGCUACAGUCGCGGAAGGCACCCGCCAAGGGGUCACAGUGGGGGAAAGGACGAGAGGCAGAAGAGCUAUCCUGAUAGCCGACGUGUGAGCCGUAGCCCACCAAGGAGUGGCAGUCCUGGCGAUAGCCGCAGGAUGAGCAACAGUCGCGCCGCAGCAGCUGUUGGAUCGAGAGGCGGGAAUGAUGGAAAGUACAGCAACUUCGAUCACGAGCGCGGGCACAAUAGCCGGAGUCGAGGGCAAAGUUCACCAGGUGCAGGCCCUCCGCCAAGGUCGCGGAGCAUCAGCAGCAGCCCGGGCCGGCACCGAAGCCCCAGCUCCCGGCGCCAAAGUCCCAUGAGGAAUCCCGGUGGUGGUCGGGGCAGGAGCAGCCCUGUGCCUCAGUGUAAUGGGAGAUCAAACAGUCCUGCCAAUGGUGGAGGCAUCACGAGGGACAACUGAGCGAGAGGGGUCCAGUUCCUUGCCCUGGAAUGAUAGUUACCCUGCGAGGGAUGCAUUGAGAUGCUUUGAUCAUGACAAACCAAUGGUAGGUUAUGUGAGAGGUGGAUAGGAUUCCAAGGUAUGCGUAGAUGCAUAAGUUGCUUCUGCUGUUUGAAAUCCAGCCCUCCGACAACUCACAAAUUGCUGCGACUCCUCACACCCGAGCCAGUCGAGCAUUUGUGGUGUGUGUGUGUGUGUGUGUGUGUGUGUGUGUGUGUGUGUGUGUGUGUGUGAGAGAGAGAGAAGACGUAAACAGGAACCUUUUUGUGAACAUCUUGGCAUGGUAGGUAGGGCAUUAAAAAAGGACUGGAGGUUGGAGGAGACAAGUGAGGGACAAAGAGCAGCAGAAGAGAGAGAGAGAGAGAGAGAGAGAGAGAGAGAGAGAGAGAGAGAGAGAGAGAGAGAGAGAGAGAGAGAGAGAGAUGGAGCCAAGAUGCUCAGACCUAUGUUGCUAGUAUUUGUUUUGUGGCUGAAAAGGGGGUUUUCAGGAGCCGUUCAGGCAAAAUUUAGAUCUCAAUGCUGUGAACUUGUAUCGUGGAUAUCGUACAGAUGCCUUGGAAACACUGGGCUCAGGAAGGAUGUGUAUGUGCAAUUAGGGGAUUGGCAAGGUGCGAAGUCAUGAUCUUCUAUUUGCACUGGUUGAAGAGUGUGCUGCCGGUAGGUAAAGCUAAGAUUAAGCAAUUUCAAUUUCAGUCCGUUUUUCAUGAGUAGUACUGGUAGCACAGUACCGGAGUAAGAAAUGAGACAAUACGCAUCACAUGCUUUGCGCCGCCACAGUUUCAGUGAUUAUUAUUGUGGCUGGGACGCCGUCUCAUCCAGCGCCCAGCGAACUUAUCAUUCUUCUCAGUGAUUCUGCAUCUGGUCUUUUUUAGGCUUAUCAUUCCUCUCAGUGAUUUCUUGCAUCUGGUCGUUUUUAAGGGACGGGCCCCACUAUACUAUGUCACUUGGAGAUCGUAAGAUUCGGUAAGAAUCAACUUCGCAUGGCAUGCGUUGGACUUGGAAAGCCUUUUGUUUCUUUCUUUCUCUCUCUCUCUCUCUCUCUCUCUCUCUCUCUCUCUCUCUCUCUCUCUCUCUCUCUCUCUCCCCUCCGAUCUAUUUGUGGGGACCCGGAAAGCGUAUCCAGCGACAAGCUCAGUGAGGCCUCUGCCAGUUAGGCAUGAGACAGACUGCCGUAGACUUGUAGCUUUGUUCUGCUGGGCGGCGCGUUGCAUGCAGAGAAUGCGAUAUGAUAUGAAACUCUGGAGCCAGCAUUCAGAAGCCUGAGGUUGUAGAGAUCUGCCCAAGUAUAACUUCACCGGUGGUUUUCUCCUGGAGUCGAUCAUACUGGAUUGUGUGCAAGAGAGCUCCCUCGCGAUUGCUAUAUUGUCACUGGGGUAGGGGUGUUUUAGGAGAGGAGAGAUGGAGAAGCAUAGAUGUGCCCGAAGCAUAGAUGUGCCCUGCACAGGGGCUGAGUUAGGACGGAGCAAUUUAGAAAGCUGGAGAAGGGUGGGUUGGGGGGGGGGGGGGGGGGGGGGGGGGGGGGGGGGCGGCGGCGUGGAGGAAACGGGAGAGGAGGAUCAUUCAAAAAAGUUUAUCGUAUGUUCUGAUGAACUCUCUCUCUGUCUGAGGAGGCAACAGCAGAAUGCGCAGUGCAGAACUGCUUUGUCUGUGUGAUUUGCAGUGAUCCGCCGAACUUGCAUUGUGCUCGUUUGCGGCAUUCUAUGCAGCAAGGCGACUGAAGUCAGUUCCGUUGCAGCGGGCUGUGUAAAAGGAGAGUACUGUUUCAGAGGAGGAGGAUUCGCUUUCCUUGAGGUUCUCUCUGCUGGUUUGUACCAUUACUUUUUCAAUGAUUUUCUAUGCUUGACAGCAUGCAAAACGAUGGCUGGAUGCACCUGUCGACAUUUCGUUCACUAACUGCCGUUUUGCUUCCGGUUUGAUUUGUGCUGACUAUGCGUGGCGAAUUGGGUCGC